AUGGCUUUUAAAUGUGUCGAACAACAAGCUAACCGGGCAUGUCUAUUAUCUCCGCAAUAUGAAGAUGGACAGCCAAAGCAAUUUAUUCGAAAGAUUUAUUCCUUCUUUGCAAUAAAAAAUAUAACUUCAGAUCAACACGUAGCGUUUUUGCUUGCCGCUCUGCCGUUAAAGACUUACAAGACCAUGGAAGAAUUAACAGCACCGGAAGUUCCAGAGGAUGUUUCGUACAAAGAAUUGGUAACGAAAUUGGAAACGUUGGAAAUAAGAAAAUCAUCGUUAAUCUCACGACUGCUACAAACGUCAAAGAAACCAGGAAAACUUAAAUGGGACGAAUUCGCAUUAGGUAUCUUUACAAGAACUCGUCCCGAAACAAGACUACCUACUAUUGACUCGGUAAUAAACGGAAGAAAAGCUAAAGCGCUUGUGGAUACUGGUUGUUUGCAAUCAAUCAUCACCAAGAAGUUACUGCCGCCUGACUAUAAAGUGAUUCGUGUAGUAAAUGUUGCAACAAUGGGCGGAAUAAUUCGAUGCGAAGAAGUUAGUGCUAAAAUAUGCCACCCAACGAACGGGUGCUUGAUGGAUGUGGUGGUUCUGAGUGUGAAUCAAGUAAUAAACAAAUACGAUAUGAUUAUGGGUAUGAACUUAAUAAAGACGUGUAAUGGACUACGAAUUGGCACUGGAAAACUGAAAUUGUGUAAUUCUUUGAUUGAGUUGCCAUCGAAACUUUGUGUUGCGACAAUUGAAAUUGGAACAAGCAAAGCUUAUUUUGAUGGCAAAAAAUGGAUUGUAAGUUGGGAGUGGGAAAACGAACCUAAAAUGAAAAAUAGAACAAGUCAGUAUAAUGUAGCUGACCAACAUUGUGAGGCGUUUAACAACGAAAUAAAUGAAUGGAUCAAAGAAGGUAUACUCAUCAAAUAUGACGAUAAAAUUAUGGGAAAACCUGUAAAAGUCUAUGUAAAAGUCUCUACAAGGGAUGCUCAUGUCAUCAAUGAUGCAAUGAGGGAGUGGAGACUCAUGAGUAAAAACAGCAAUGACUCGGUAGUGGAUCUAAGAAGAGCAUAUUUACAAAUUCAUGUGCAUAAAAGGCAUUGGCCUUACCAGACGGUCAUCAAUAUAAAUCAGCGAUGUGCACUUACACGUUUGGGCUUUGGUUUAAGUUUAGCACCAGUGAUGAUGAACUCAAUAUUGCGGUACGUUCUCCAACAAGAUUCUGCACUGGCAAAAACAAUAAGAGGAUACAUUGUUGGCACCCUAGCAAUCAAUGGAAAUGGAAGAAAGCUGGUGAUACAUAUGAAGAAAUGGGAUCUUCAUGCAAAAGCACCUGAAUAUUUUGGCGAAAACACAGUUCGUGCACUAGGAUUAGAAGUCACAGUAAAUCCAUUAACAAAGGAGAUGUUUUGGAAGAGAGGACGCGAGCUUCCUAUUAUUAAAUCUGUGCUCACAAAAAGGGAUAUAUUCUCAUUAUGUGGUAAUCUGAUUGCUAAUCUACCAGUUGCUAGAUGGUUGAGACUGGCAUGCAGCUAUAUAAAAAGAUGUACAAACGAAGCAGGUUGGGAUGAACCUAUUACGAAUAAGUAUGUUAUCGAAAUGAUGCAGGAAGUUGGAGAUAAAGUCGUAAAGUGCGAUCCGGCAAAAGGUGUAUGGAAUGUUAAACCAAAUGCAUCUCUGACUGUAUGGUGCAAUGCAAGUUCGCUGGCAAAGGGAGUUGUGAUAACGCAAAGUGACAGAAAGAUAGAAGAUGCAACAUGGCUCCGACCAAAGUCUGAUGCAAUGCAUAUCAAUGUGGCCGAAUUAGAUGCAUGUAUUGAAGGUCUAAAUAUGGCAUUGAAAUGGAAUCCAAGUGAUGUCUCUAUUAAAACUGAUUCUCAUAGUGUAUUUAGUUGGUUAAAUUCUGAAUUGACUCGUGAUAAACCUGUGAAAUGUGCUGGGCAAUGCGAAAUGUUAAUUCGACGAAGACUUCAAAUAUUUGAAAAAUUGGUCGAGGAUUAUGUCAUAAGUGUAACUGUUACAUGGGUACCAACAACUAAAAAUAUUGCAAAUGAACUCACAAGAGUGCCAACAAAAUGGAAAAAAAACAAAGUUGCAACACAAGAAUGUAAUACCAUUUAUAAGUACGAUAAACAGCAGAUUCGAAAAAUUCAUUCAAUAGCACACAUGGGAGUUUCCAAGAGUAUGGAGUUAUGUAUGCGCGCUGGUAUCCACGUUACCAGAGACACAGUGAAACAGGUUGUCGCUGAAUGCGAUGAAUGUAACUCGAUUGACCCUAAUGUGAUGUCGUGGGAUAAAGGAAAUCUUGCUGUCAGCAAAGUAUGGGAAAGAGUAGCCUGCGAUGUUAGUCAUGUUGAUUCAUCGCUAUAUCUCACUUGUAUUGAUUGCGGCCCAAGCAGAUAUACGUUAUCGACACCAUUAAGCGACGAAAGUGCAACUAGGGUUGUUCAAGCGUUAGAAACAAUAUGGUCAACACUUGGACCUUCUUCUGAAGUUCUUCUAGAUAACUCUAAGUUAUUUAGAUCUCAGCUUAUGCAAACUAUGGCUGCGAAAUGGGAAAUAAGGCUCAUCUAUCGAGCUGUUGAAAAACCACCGGGAAAUGGGAUAGUUGAAAGAGUUCAUCGGACGGUAAAAAGAACAAAUGCAAGAGUAAAAUGUGGUAUUCCCAUGUCUGUAUUUUUAAUCAAUAACGCUCCAUUAAAACACGGCACACCUUUUGAAAUAUUUUGCCAACAUCACAAACGAGUUCGAAUUCCUGGAAUCGAUAAAAUCGAAUCAACACAAAAGUCGACGACAGAGUGUCGUGAAUGGAAAGUUGGCGACAAGGUGUGGGUGAAACCCAAGCACAUAACGCCGUAUACGCAACGAUGGCUGAAAGAAAGUAUAGUGGCAUUGCAUAAUGGUUUAACAGCUGAAGUUGAUGUCAACGGACAUACAAUUAUCUGUGCGUGUAUAAUAUUUGGAGUUCAGCGUCUUUUACAAAAUUUAUUUAUACGCAGCGAUGAACUAAAUAAAAUUCAUAACUAUUUGAUUGAAUUACAUGAUACAAAAAAGUCAGCCUUAAUAAUGUAUUGA